AUGGCUUCAUCUGAGACGUGUCACGUGAGCCGAGCGGCCUCCGUGCUCCGCUCCUGCCUGACGGUCGGCGGCACGGCGCUCCUGGUAGCUGGGACGCUCUGCUUCGCUUGGUGGAGUGAAGGAGAAGCAGGUGCUGGGCCUGGCCGGCCGGCCCUGCCCCCUGGGCGCCCGGUGCCUGAGGCCCCCAGCCCCCUGCUCAGGUCGGUCAGCGUCUUCUGCUGCGGCGCAGGCGGCCUGCUCCUACUCGUUGGCUUGCUGUGGUCCAUCAAGGCCAACACGCGGGGGCCUCUCCGGUGGGACCCAUAUCACCUCUCCAGAGACCUGUACUAUCUCACCGCGGAGCCCUCGGACAAGGAGAGCUGCAGGAUCCCAAUGGUGGGUGCCAUCCCCACUUAUGAGGAGGCCAUGUGCUGUCCACUCGCCGAGGGGCCCCCGCCACCACCUGCGUACCCCACGGAAGAAAGCCCAAAGGGCUGUGCCUCUGAGGAUGCCCUGCCUGAGACCCAGCCCCCCUUGCCGCCGCCCAGCUACGAGAGCGCCAUCACUGCUGUUAGUGGCAUCUCUGGAGAGAUGGCACCCGCCAUGGCGUCCUCCUCCCCAGGACUGGUUCAGACCACAGCGGGGGGCGGGAGGCAGCUCAAGGCUCCCAAUGCACUCCAAAGCUGA